UUUUAUUUAACGCCGGAAAUUAUCGUGUUUACUGAAAUGCAAUUUGAUUAAUGUAUAUAAAGUAUUUUUCGAUACUAUACGGAGUCGCUAUAAAAGCUGUGAACAUUGGUGAAUGAUUUACAAAUCAUAUCCUCGGCUUUAUAAACAAGUCGAACGCUGAUGACUGAAACAGUUUUCCUGUGGCCACGCCGAUGAAACGGAGAAUGGUCGAUACGUUAAUUCCAUGGAUUAAAAGAAUCCAAAAGUUCUCUGGAGCGUAUUCGAUUUUUGGCUGAAGGGAAAGAACUUGAGAUGAUUAUGACUUCGAAUAAUAUCAAAUUAAGUAAACCGGGGCAAUAAAAAAGAAUCAUACUGUUAAUUGAGGGAGGAGCGUUUUAGAAACAAUCACUCCACUGUAGCUUAGAGGAUACAGAGGGGAGCGGCUUUUGAGAAACCGCCGAUAAAAUGACGUAUAGUGAAAUAAACAUCGAGAUAUGUUUUAGUAAGAUAAGACAUUGAUAGAAACUUCGUGUGCAAGUAUGGCUUUCUUCGUGAGAUCAAACUGUAGAUAAUUGACACGCAACUUUUCUUCAGGUUCUGUGAAACAAAAUGUCAUUCAUGCAGUUUUUAAUAUAAGCGGCGGCAGGACCAAAGGAUUCGCCUCAGAAAUCAUGGAGAAACCGGGAAAUUACGACACCGCAUUUGAUUAUUAUGACUACCCGUAUGAUUACAAUUACACAUACGAGGACAGCAUCAGUUACCAUCCUUUGGACGAACUAAUUCCUAGUGUCACCUUCUAUACCUUGAUUGGUCUGUUCGGAAUAGCGGGGAAUCUUCUGGUCAUCGUGGCGAUUCUUUCUUUUCCUCGAAUGAAGAGCAUUACAAAUAUUUUCUUACUUAGUUUGGCGUCCGCCGACUUAUUGCUGGUUUUAAUCUGUGUCCCGAUCAAGUGUGCAGCGUUUUUCUCCUAUACAUGGCGGAUGGGCGACUUCCUAUGUACCUUCGUGGCCUACAUACAGAACGUAUCCAUGGUGUGUUCCGUGAUGACCCUUACUGUCAUGAGCAUAGAGAGAUUUGUUGCCAUUCUGUAUCCUUUAAGAGCACGAUCGGUCUGUACCAUGAAACAUGCGAAACUUGUAACGAUUCUGAUCUGGAUCGCCUCGUUCAUCAUCGCCGUACCAACAGUGUUCGUUCAGAAGUUGAAAGAAGUGGGUAAUCCACAAAGAACGGCCCACUGGUGCGUAAAGCAGUUCCUGUCGCAUGGUUUUGAGAUAGCGUACGAGGUGUACAUGUUCGUGAUUCUGUUCACCAUCCCGCUGGUAGUCAUGCUGGUGACCUACAUUCGAAUUUCUAUAGAGAUAUGGGACGUGGUAUCCAAACGAGCAGUCCUACGAUCCGGGAGUGAGUACAAUUACUCGUCCAAUCCAAGUAAUGGCGGAAUGGCGAAGGAAUCAUCAUUCUUGACACAAUCCUCUUCGAGAGGAUCUACAAAGGCAGUCCCAAGCACGUUUAGUGAAGACGCGAAAACGAGGAAACAGGUCAUUUUGAUGCUUAUGGUGAUAGUUGUGCUUUUUGCGAUAUGCUGGGGACCAAUUCUGUUGAACAAUUUGUUAGUUGCAGCAAGAGUAAUCAGUGAUUUGCACGAGGGCUUCCUGAAGCCGAUGCGCAUGACCUUCCAUCUCAUGUCAUAUGCAAACAGCUGUAUCAACCCCAUUGUUUAUGGAUUUAUGUCCAAGAACUUUCAAGACAGUUUGAAAAGUGUUUUUAAAUGCUGCAAUUCUCCCCAGACGUAUCGAACAUAUGUAUACAGUACGGACACAACCAGGGCGUCUAUUCUGAAAUCUAGCAACAGCGAGGAGAAGGAUAAUGGUUGCAUGGAAAUGAAUUAAUUAUUUCACAAAGAUGUGUUUAAUCAACAUACAAUGAUUUUAAUGAAUUAAUUAGUUCACAAAGAUGUGUUUAAUCAACAUAACGAUUUUCAAGACAUUGUACAUAACAAUAUUAUACUCGUAACCAUGACAAUAUCAUACUCCUAGAUUUAGCUUGAAGUGUGGUGGCUUAAAAUCUGUUUUACUUUACAAGUACCAUUUUCAUGUAUUAGUGCUGGUUGUUAAUUGACAUAUGAACUUUACUUCUGAACAAAUCUCACUCAGAAUCUGGAAGAUUGAUAGAAACAUUAGGUUAUCUACAAUAGAACUAGUCUUAUCUCACGACACUUUACAUUCUGUUAAACAGCAUACAGGAAUAAAUGUAUUUAUCACUGCAACAACUUUUAUAUCAAGUGCAUGGACUUCUUUUUAUUCUGGCACAUGUUUGUCACUAGUCUAAUAUAAUAGAAUUUUUCUUACAUUUUCAAAUUAUCAUCAUGUCAUGUUGUAAACAACAAGAUACGCUAUAUAUAUAAGUAUUUCUGCCUGUAGAUGUGCUAAUCGUGUUUCAUUACGCCUACUGACUGCUAUUGAUAUCCGUAGCAAAUCUAUUCUGCUCCCUAUUUUGGUGAUCCUCCGAUUUUUGAAGUCCCAUUAAGGAGUUUGCACACAAUACUGAAAAAUAAAUGUAAUUUCUUUGCCUUUGAUUAGUGUUAAUGAAUAAAAUUGACAAGACAUG